GCGUGGGGGCGCCGCGUUCCGCGCCGGUGGCGUCGCGAUCGUCGCUCAUGAAUCACCUCGACCCUCAGGACUACUACAAGGUCGAGGAGAUCAUUCUACAGAAGGCAGGCGGACCGCUGGGCUUCAGUAUCGUCGGGGGAGUUGAUCACAGCAGCCAUCCGUUCGGCCUCGAAGAGCCCGGCAUCUUCAUAUCCAAGAUAGUUCCAGGUGGAUCUGCCUCGCAAACUAAACUAAGAAUAGGAGAUAGAAUAUUAUCUGUUAAUGGGAUAGAUUUAACGAAGGCCACCCACCAGGACGCCGUGAUGGCGCUAGUGUCACCUGUCCAGAGCAUCGCCCUGCAAGCACAACACGACCCCCCUCCCAAAGGUCUGCAGGAGAUGAAGAUCCGGAAGGCUCCCGGGGAGAAUCUAGGCAUCAGCAUAAAGGGAGGAGCGCACAGUCACCCGGGCAACCCGCUCGAUCGCACGGACGAGGGUGUGUUUGUAUCGCGCAUCAACCCCGUGGGAGCGGUGCACCGCGACCGCAGGCUGCGUCUAGGCAUGCGCAUACUGGAGGUGAACGGACAGAGCCUGCUGGGGGCGAGCCACCAGGAGGCGGUGCGAGCGCUGCGGAGCGUCGGCGAUGCCAUGUUCAUCAUGGUCUGCGAGGGAUACGACCCCGCCGAAGCCGAGAAGGUCAACCCUGAGUUCGGCGUGCUCCACCGAUCGAAGUCCGACUCCGUGUCGUCCAUAGACCGCGCGGAUUACGAGGAGGAGUUGAUACGCAGGGUAGGGGCGAGA